AUUAUAAAAAACAAUUAACGAUAGUAAUUCAUUUAAACUAUAAGUUACCAUAAUAAUUAAAAUUAAAAAUUAUAUUAAAAAUUGGAAUUACAUCUUCAAGUUUUUGAAAGAAAAAAAAACUAAAUAAAUGGUCACUCUAAAAAUAUAUGGAUCUAUAAAACUCAAACAUUUAGUCACUUCGCAAAUAGCAAUAUCUUCAUAAUUAAAAAUGGAAGUUAAUAGUAAUUCAUAAACUAGACAUAACUAUGGUGAAACUAUUGAACUCUGAAAACUCCAAUAUUUUUUUUGAUAAAGCAUUCAUAAAUCACGGCAAAAAAACUCCAAUAUCAUAUUAUGGUUAAUGGUUAUGGAGUAUAUAUAUUGUAUUCUGAUAUAGAAAUCUUUUCAUCUAUUUUAUUUAUUGACUAUUGAACAACUAUCUUAGGCUGAAUGCACUUUAAGUACCUAAACAAAAAGGACUAUUCACGAGUAAAUCAGAAUCUAGUAUCAUAUUAAUAUUGUAUAAAAAAUAAAUAAAAUAGAAAAUCGCAUGUUAAAUGGCGUGAAAUACUGAAGCACAGCACUUGCUUCGUUUACAAACUCUGCUUUGAACCUCACGUUCCUUAAGCUUCUCAAAAGUUCUUUUAACUUCUCCUCUAAGGUAAAACAGUUUCUGCUUUUAUUUAGUUUCUUCUUAUUCCUCUGCUUCAACAUCUCUACGUCUAUACUGAAGAAAGAAGAUGAAAUAUUCUCCAAGAUCGGACGGCAGAAAAUUCAUUAUCCCUUCUUUCUUCUUUAUCGUAGCUCUCUGUGUAUUAGCUUUCAUCAACGAAGUUAGAUUCGACAGUUUGUUGAGCUUCGGACGAUGUGCUUUGUCGAAUGUUCCGAGGAACAGCAGUUCAUUGGAGGCACCGUUGUUGUCUUCUUCAGAUGAAGAUGAGAUUAGGAUACUUAUUGGGAUUCUUACACUUCCCGAUCAGUACCAACGUAGGCAUUUUCUCCGGAUGAUCUACGGCACGCAGGAUGUUCCCGCCGGCGUUAAGAUCGACGUGAAGUUUGUGUUCUGUAACUUGACUAAAGAAGACCAGAAAGUGCUUGUCGCUUUGGAGAUCAUGCGUUAUGAUGACAUCAUUAUACUCAAUUGCAACGAGAAUAUGAAUAAAGGCAAGACCUACACAUACUUCUCAAGCUUACCAGACUUAUUCAACGAAACUGAUACACCAAACCCACCAUACCACUACGUAAUGAAAGCCGACGAUGACACGUACAUAAGACAAGAAAGCCUCGUAGCAUCUUUAAGACCAUUACCUCGUGAAGAUCUCUACUACGGCUAUGUCAUUCCAUGUCCAAGCAUGGACCCGUUCGUACAUUACAUGUCAGGAAUGGGCUACUUAGUCUCGUGGGACAUCGCAGUUUGGCUCAAAGAAUCUGAAAUUCCCAAGAAACAUUUAGAAGGUCCUGAAGACAAAGUGUUUGGCGACUGGAUUCGAGAAGGAAGACGAGGGAAGAACCGGUUUAAUGCUAAAUGGUCCAUGUAUAAUUUCCCCGAGCCUCCUACUAGAUGCACACAUGAGCUUUGGCCUGAUACUAUUGCGGUUCAUUUGUUGAAGAACCAAGAGAAGUGGAUACGGACAUUGAACUAUUUCAAUGUUACGAGCAAUCUUAAGCCUUCUAAAUUAUACCACAUACCGUAGAUAGAUACAUCUGAUUUAUUAUAAUUUAUACUUAAAUUUCUUUUUAAUUGGUUUUGUGAUCGUUAAUGUCUUUUAAAAUUUAAAUAAUCAUUUGUCUAACUAAGGA